AGUUGAGGCUGGAAGCGCGGGCGCCGCCGCGUGUCGUGGGCUGCGCUUGGCACGCGCACCGCGCUGAAUGUCGCUGAAAGCUCCGGCGCGGGGAGAGCCUCGCGCUCUCGCCAGUACCCCUCCGACCAGCGAUGCUGUGCUGUCUCCGGAAAUAGAAUUGGCCGACCAGGUGCGCGAGUGUGUGUGCAAAUGACUGAUAGCCCAGCACAGCGGGCUUAACUUGAACAACAUGUGGAGCAAAGGAUUCACGCUAUGGAGGAUAAUGCUGUGCAUGUUGUUGGCAGUGUCGGCUUGUGCCGCGGUGGUGCGAGCCGACGACGAAGUACCAUCUGAGUCACAAUGCCGGCCAUACAUCGAAAAAGCUCUCAAGGAGCUGGAGUCAGGAGAUGUGGAACCAGACUCUGCCGAAAAAAACGACAGUGAUGAAGUAAGUGUCGCCGACGGAGAUGACACUAAAGAAGACAAUUCAGCAGAAAAUGGCGGAGAAGCGGCAGAUAGCGCGGAAGACGAUGCGCCGUCAGUAGAAAUAGCUGACGAGCCUUACGUGUCACAAGCGUCCGUCGAGGAGUUACAAGCUGAUGACACUGACUCGGGAGAGGCUGCAGACGAUGGGGACAGCAAGGAACAACAGGCUGGUGAUGCAGACAGUGGCGAAGCAUCUGCUGAAGAAGAAACAACGAACCAAGAAAGUGAAGAAGCUGAAGACGAGACCAAGGGUGACAGUAACGAAAAAUCCCAAGAAGGAUCCGAAGAAGACAGCCAGGAAGUGAAGGAAGAGGAUAGCAAAGAAACCGAAGCAACUAGUCAAGAAGCAGAUGACGACGACAAGUCUGCUGAAGCUGCAGACGCAUCUGACGAAAAUAAAGACGAUGACGGUAAGACACAAGAAGAAGACGAUGGAUCUCAAGAAAAGGCUGACGAAUCUCAAGAAGACGCAGACGAUGAGCAAGACUCGAAAGAAGCUAAAGAUGACGAAUCUGGCGAAGAGAAAGCUGCCGACGAAUCUGGCGAGCAAGAUGCUUUAGCAGAAGACAAAGAUGAAUCGAACGAAGACCAAGACACAACUACUGAAGACAAAGAUGAUUCAGGAGAAGCUAAAGACGAGUCUGGUGAAGAGAAAGCCGAUUCUGGAGAGGAUACUGAGGAAGCAGCCGAUGAUAAGGAGUCAGUAGAAGAGAAAGAUGAGUCGCAAGAGAAAGACGAGUCUGCAGAAGCUGAAGGAGGGGUAGAAGACAAGUCGCAAGAAGAGGAGGAGUCUGCAGCAGAUAGCAAGGAGGAGGAAGAUGGAGACAAGUCCGAGGAGGCCUCUGAAGCCGGGGAAGAGGCUGAAGCUGCUGGAGAUGAAGGUUCGGAGGAGGAAGGAGCGCCUGAAGAAGAUUUAUUAAUUACUAUUGAUAUUCCUGAAAACUUGAGAUCUCGUGACCAUAUUACCAAAAUUUUAAGGCUAGAUGAAGAAGCGAGCGAAGAUGAGUUAACUGUUGAAAAAUCUGCCGACAUCGUGCUCAGAGAUUUGAAGAGGUUAUACGAGAACUCCAUUAAACCAUUAGAAGGUCUUUACAAGUACAGGGAUCUGAGUAACAGGCAUUUUGGCGAUCCUGAGAUAUUCUCGAAGCCUUUGGUACUCUUCAUGGGUCCGUGGAGCGGUGGAAAAUCUAGCAUCCUGAACUACUUAACGGGGCUGGAGUUUACUGAAUGGUCUCUUAGAACUGGGGCGGAACCAUCACCUGCAUAUUUCAACAUUCUAAUGCACGGCAAAGAACCACAAGUGCUGGACGGCACUCAGCUGGCAGCUGAUUGGACUUUCUCCGGUCUUCAGAAAUUCGGUCAAGGUCUGGAAGAGCGUCUGAGGGGCUUGAGAUAUCCCAGCAAAAUAUUAGAAAAGGUUAAUAUCGUGGAGAUUCCUGGAAUACUGGAAGUAAGGAAGCAAGUGUCCCGUGUAUUCCCCUUCAACGACGCCUGCCAGUGGUUCAUCGACCGCGCCGACAUCAUCUUCCUGGUCUAUGAUCCUUCCAAACUGGACGUGGGUCCCGAGACUGAAGCUAUACUCGACCAACUCAAAGGCAGGGAGUCUCAGACACGCAUCGUGCUGAACAAGGCCGACACAGUGAAGCCGGAGGAACUGAUGCGCGUGCAAAGCGCGCUGAUCUGGAACAUCUCGCCGCUGAUGAGCUCCGCGCAGCCACCCGUCAUGUACACGGUGUCACUGUGGUCCAUGCCGUAUGAGGCCGGAGCGCCAGUGCGUCUACUGCAAGCCCAGGAGAGAGAACUCCUGAGGGACUUGCGGCAAGCCAUCGAUAAGCGCAUUGAGAAUAAGAUCGCAAGCGCUAGGAGAUUCGCUGUUCGCGUGAGGAACCACGCUAAGAUGGUUGACUGCUACCUGACCACGUAUUACAACCACAAGACAAUAUUCGGCAACAGGAAGAUCAUUGCCGAUGCCAUCAUUGAAAACCCUCAGAACUACCACAUCUAUGAGGGUCUUAGCACACUCACCAAUAUUUCCAGGUACGACCUGCCCGACCCCGAGACGUACCGGGAUUUCUUCCGGUUGAAUCCCCUGUUCGAGUUCCAGCAGCUAUCGGCGACGUGCACGUACUUCCGAGGCUGCCCCAUCACGCGGCUGGACGUGGCCAUCGCUUACGACCUGCCCGAGCUUGUCGGCAAGUACAAGAAGAUGGUGGAGACCGCUACGCCGCAGGGCAUGCCCAAGAGUUGAUGCCUCCGCGAACGAACGAACCCCGCACCACACUACACACCCGCUUUUUAAUUUUAGCCAAUUGGAUUGGACAUUUAUUUUGGGCACAUUUUGCAUUUCUUCAUCUAAUCGGGCAUCAAAUCACUAGUUAUUUUUCGUUACAUCGCAUUUCUUUAUUUAUCUGUAAUUUAUUUUGCUUUAUACUCGCUUGUUCCUGUUUUUGAGAUGAAUGAUGUCGUAUCGUAUGAUUUAUUGUGAUUUUCUUCGUGCGUUUAUUAGUGGUGAUGAUAGACAACGCAAGACAACUUCCAAUCCUAAUUAUCAAGGUGUUUUUUAUACAUGUCUCAAAAAUGCAAUAUAUUACUAGUCAUUAUUGAAGUUGUUAGUUACUCUUGUAUCUAUUCUAAGGUAUGUCAAUGUAGGUAUUCCUACUACUAGUUCUAAUUAAAUCCCGUACUUGAGCGGUGUUUGCCGUUAUUAUUUCUUUGUUAGUUAUUAAUGAGACACAAUGUGACUAUGUAUUUAAGUAAAAACUAAAUAAAAAUCA